AAAUAUCUAACCACUAUGCUCUUGACACAUCGUUGACUCUUGGCGUCUAGUGCCUUUGAUCUUGUCCUUGACAUGUCACUAGGCAUUACUUAUGAUAAUGUUGUUGCAUGCUACCUUAACUUAAUUAGUAUCUGAUUAAAUACCUUCGCAUAAAUAAAGCUGAUGGAAUACAUAAAUUUAAACCACCCUAAUAUAAAGACCACAUCAACAUGUCAAAUAUGUGAGAAAGGCAACCCAAGUAAUUAUAGUUGGCCAUGCCUCCAAAGUAUAUACUCAUUAAUCAAUCGGUGCAUUAAUUAUAUUGGCAAGUCAACGUACAACCGUCAAUAAGUUGGAAAAUAAAGAAUGAUGAAAAGAUCCAUGAUUGUGAAUUGUAAAUUGUGAAUGAGAGAGCGUUCAACUGUACACACUCAAGUUACAUUUUGUCAAUUAAUAAUUAAUGUUGUAUGUACGAGUAGAAUUCAAUAAAACUCUUCUUCCUUGGCUUUCCUUUUCCUCAUCUAUAUAUAUAUUCAACGCUAGUCCAUGUCCUUCAGAAAAUAUAGGUACAAAAUAGUUGAGAAUAUAGUUUUCCUAAUUUCUAUAAAAUCAAUAGUGUCUCUCAAACAAUAAAAAUCUUCCCCUAUUUUCUCUUUGGAGAAGAAUUGUGUUACUUAUUUUUCAUUUAUGGAAGCUCCAUUGUCAACUUGGCCAUGGGAGAAGUUGGGAAGUUUCAAGUAUUUACUGUAUGGACCAUUUGUUGCAAAAGUGAUGUACUCAAGACAUCAAGAAGACAACAUCAUGGCAACAUGGUGUCUACAUGUUCUCAUAUUAUGUUCACUUAGAGGUCUCAUUUAUCAACUAUGGUCCUCUUUCAGUAACAUGUUGUUCUUAACUCGAAACCGCCGUAUUAUAAAACAAGGUGUUGAUUUCAAGCAAAUUGACAAAGAAUGGGACUGGGAUAAUUUUAUACUCCUUCAAGCUCUAAUGGCUAGUUUAGCCUAUUAUGCAUUCCCAAAUCUUGUUAAUCUUCCAAUAUGGGAUUUAAAUGGCUUCAUGGUGAUCAUAAUCCUCCAUAUAAUAUUUUCAGAACCCCUUUACUACUACUUCCAUAGAUGCUUCCAUGGAAGUUAUCUUUUCAAACAUUAUCACUCACUUCAUCAUUCAUCAGACGUACCUCAACCUUUUACAGCUGGUCAUGCUACAUUUUUGGAGCAAAUUUUAUUAGGUGCAGUGAUUGGAAUUCCAAUUCUAGGUUGUUAUCUCAUGGGAUAUGGAUCAGUAGCUAUGAUUUAUAGCUAUAUAUUGAUGUUUGAUUUCUUAAGAUGUUUGGGUCAUUGCAAUUUUGAGAUUAUUCCUCAUCACCUAUUUCUGGCCUUUCCAUUUAUGAAGUAUCUCAUUUACACUCCAACGUACCACAGCUUACAUCACACAGAGAUGGGAACAAAUUUUUGCCUAUUUAUGCCACUUUUUGAUGUUGUAGGCAAUACUCUAAACCCAAAAUCAUGGGAUAUGCACACAAAAGCAAGUAUUGAAUCAGGUAAAAAUGGUCGUGUGCCAGAUUUUGUGUUCUUGGCUCAUGUAGUAGACAUGACAUCUGCGUUGCACGUACCAUAUGUAUUCAGAUCAUUUAGUUCAACUCCUUUCACCACAAAACUUUACAUUAUACCCUUAUUGCCUCUCUCUUUCCUUGCCAUGAUUGUCAUGUGGCUCUACUCCAAGCCCUUCUUGAACACUUUUUACUACCUACAAGGCUACUUGCACCAAACAUGGGUCGUCCCUCGCUUUGGUUUUCAAUAUUUCUUGCCAUUUGCUACUGAGGGGAUUAACAAACAAAUAGAGCAAGCAAUUCUUAGAGCUGAUAAAUUGGGAGUCAAAGUCAUAAGCCUUGCAGCAUUAAACAAGAAUGAAGCACUAAAUGGAGGUGGUACAUUAUUUGUGAAUAAACAUCCAAACCUUAAAGUAAGGGUAGUUCAUGGAAAUACAUUAACAGCAGCAGUUAUCCUUAAUGAAAUUCCUAAGCAUAUCACUGAGGUUUUCUUGACUGGAGCCACCUCUAAACUUGGAAGAGCUAUUGCUCUUUACCUUUGCACUAGACAAGUUCGCGUUCUUAUGCUAACUUCAUCUGCUGAAAGAUUUCAAAAGAUUCAAAAGGAAGCCCCAGCUGAAUACCAAAAGUACCUUGUCCAGGUCACAAAGUAUCAGGCAGCUGAAAACUGCAAGACAUGGAUAGUUGGAAAAUGGAUAACACCAAGAGAGCAGAAAUUUGCUCCAGCAGGUGCACAUUUCCACCAGUUUGUGGUACCUCCAGUCUUGCCCUUUAGAAGUGACUGUACAUAUGGUGAUCUUGCUGCCAUGAGAUUGCCUCCUCAUGUUAAAGGACUUGGUUCUUGUGAGUAUACAAUGGAAAGAGGAGUAGUACAUGCAUGCCAUGCAGGAGGAGUGGUA